AUGACGCUGGCUUUUGAUCAAGCGAGCUCCCUACUCACUGGCUGGGUACGGUCAUGCUGGGAGUGUUUGUCAGGCGUGGAGCCUCAAGGUCAACAGGGCCAGCGACCGGAGGGAAGAGGAGUUGAGCGAGAGAUGCAGGUAUGCCACAACCAACCUCAUCUCGUCCCUCCGAUGAAAUUGGUGGUGUACGAUGACCUUCCCAGUCCGGGUAUCCAUCAUCAGUCUCGCAACUCGCUCUCAUCGUGGCUUGGAGAAGGCCGGCACCUUGCAUCAAGAGCAUCUGGACGAGCAAGUAUCUCCUGGAAGAGACAAACAGCGACUCCAUUAAAGAUUAGCGCCCCGUCAGACUUUCGUCGAGUGCAAUCAUUUCAACUCGAUCCAUCGCCGACAAAAUUUCAACCUAUCCAACUCAGCAUUCACCGAUCUAGCAAUCGGUUGUCAGAUCUUCCUUCCUUUGAAUCCUUCGAUGUGGACGAGAAUAGCCAACGCAUGACGCUGGCAGUCCCACCACGUGCUCUUCCUCCGACUGGAAUUCAAUCCAGACGGUGCCAAUCCAGCGAGGCUCGAUUUUCUGUGUCUCGCAAGCCGGUCGGCUCUGUAAAUCGCCGGUCGCUUGCCAAUCUGGAAGAACCUCUUGAACCGCCUCGGCCGGUUCGUAUUGCUAGUGCUCUGAUCCCACAUUUCUGUACCGUCAUUCCAGUCGAGCCUCUUCUAUCAGAAGAACCGAUGCCCACGCCAACUUUCGUACCCACUAUUCCUGCUGUUCCCACCAUUCCUACGCAUAUCAGAUCAAGGUCUGAGGAAAGCAACAUCACCCUAGGCACCGAGCUGAGUUCCCACGUCAGCAACAAAGUGUCGAGAGAAAAUGUCGCUCAAACUCCCGCAGCGUCGAGACACGGCGAUGAAUCCACAGACGGUCCAUCUUUCAAGAACUCACCGUCAUCAGCCAGCUCGCGUACCACGCCAUCUCGGAUCUCCUCUUUGCAUCAUCCUUCUACUGCCGAGAACCGCAAGACUAUCGCCUCGGUACCCCUUCCCAGUCGUGUGACACAGUGGUUUUUCCCCAACAAGCCAUCGGCACCGCAGCAAGUCUCGCUUGCCGGCGAGAAUCGGUUUGAUUGGGAGAGAACCCGCACUUUGAGCGGCACCACCGUCAACUCAACUAUCACGACUAUCACGGGUGGUGCGAUGGCCCGGCGUCAUAAUGCUUCGAUCUCUAGCACGUUCACCAACGGGACCACUCCCCGAACCUCUUUGCAAGGUCCAUCUUCGACUGCAGAGAAGGAUCUUGAAGCUGGCUACGGUCAUCCGACUAUUUUCGAGGGCCGAACACAGCAUUUCCCUUACUCUACCUCUCUGUCUAGUAACAUACCUCAAUAUCGAGGCUCUGCUAUUGGUGUGGCCUUCUAG